GUUCAAGCCAAGGUUGCCCCUAGUUCCAGAUCAGGAGUCAGGGCUCAGGACUAAUCGAAACCUAGGAUGGGUGCGAGCUAAUUUAGGGUCUGACCCCUAGAUCAGCAGACGCCCUUAUUUCCCCCCCUGCUUUUCUCGCUAAGGUUUCGAAUGGCGGAUCCCACGUGAUCUCCCCGAUUCUCGCGUAUCGGUUAUUGGCGCGUUGACCAGGCACCACCCUGACUUGGGCGGUUUUCGUAUCGUCCCGUUCCAGCUAGAAACCAUCGUGCCUCACACACACGGUUUCCGGUCUCAGCACAAGUUCUCUCCAUACUACGUCGCCACACCGCGCCCUCCCGCUUCUUCUCCUAUACCGUCUCGCUCACUAGACCCCUAUUUCCCGCACGCCUUUGAAGCACACAGUUUUUCAAUAAGUCAUCUCAAACCCUAAUCUCUAGCAUCCAGCUCAAACCCUAAUUUCCAGCAUCCAGCCAUGGCGAACCCGUUCGCCCCAGCAGCUGCCUCCCCGUUCGGCGCGGCGCAGCCCGCCUCCCCCUUCGGCGCCACUUCCGCCUUCGGCGCGUCCGCCACGCCCGCCAGUCCGUUCGGCCAGGCGGGCACGUCGCUCUUCGGCGGGGGAGCCGCAACCGGCGGAAGUGUGUUCGGCGCGGCUUCUGCGCCCGCCUUCGGCGCGACGUCCGCGCCGGCGUUCGGCGCAGCUGCGACGACUCCGGCAUUCGGGUCCACGGCUUCGCCUUUUGGCGGCGGCUCGUCUCUGUUCGGACAGCAGCAGAAGCCAGCAGCUUUCGGCACCUUCGGCGCAACCCAGGCCAGCCCCUUCGGAGCGCCGUCCUUCGGCCAGCAGUCUCAGCCCGCGUUCGGGGCAGGCGGGGCCUUCGGCGCGACCACCACCACCCCUGCCUUCGGCGCUACUGCCGCCACGCCCGCGUUUGGCGCCGCCGCUCCCGCAUUCGGCGCGUCCGCCCCGGCGUUUGGCGCGACCGCUGCCACGCCCGCGUUUGGCGCGGCGAGUGCGCCCGCGUUUGGCGCGACGGGCGGGCUGUUUGGGUCCACCGGUGCUUCGGCGUUUGGGGCUGCGUCUGCGCCUGCGUUCGGCAGCCUCGCAUCUCCCAGCUUUGGAGCAUCGGCGCCUGCCUUCGGAGCAACCACCUUCGGAGCCACGCCCUUCGGAGCAGCCGGCGCAGCAGCAGGCAUGGGCAGCCGUAACCCCGCAUACACCCCGACCAACGACACGGAAACUGGCACCACGGGACAGCCGGGCAAGUUCAUCUCCAUAUCCGCCAUGCCGGCGUACAAGAACAAGAGCCCGGAGGAGCUGCGCUGGGAGGACUACCAGCGGGGUGACAAGGGCGGGCCCGCGCCAGCACAGGCAGGCGGGGGGCUCUUCGGCCAGCCAGCAGCAGGAGCCGCUUCUCCCUUCGGCGCGGCUGCUACCCCCACGUUUGGCUCCCCUGGGCUUACCGGAGCGAGCCCUACGAACCCGUUCGGCCAGGCGUCCACGCCGAGCCUGUUUGGCUCGCCUGCCCCGUCGUUUGGCGCCGCUCCGGCUGCAACUCCUGCGUUCGGCGCGUCCACGUCUCCCUCGCUCUUUGGAUCCUCCACCCCUGCAUUUGGCGCCGCUGCCUCGCCGUCUGCGUUUGGUACCCCUGGGGGGUCUCUCUUCGGUGCUGCUGGCACCACUGCUGCCAGCCCCUUCGGCGCUGCUGCUGCGUCGACUCCCUCCCUCUUUGGCUCGCCUGCUGCUGCCACCGCCUCUCCCUUUGGUGCCUCCACCGGUGCGUCUCUCUUCGGAGGCGCGUCGCCUCUGGGGCAAGCAGGCGCGGCUGGUCAGCCCGGCACUUCCCUCUUUGGCGCAUCUUCCCCUGCCUUUGGCGCUGGCGCGUUUGGUACUCCUGGCGCUGCUGCUGCGACGCCCGCGUUUGGAGCCACGCCGUCGCUGUUUGGUUCGGGAGCAACCACGGGGGGCGGGCUGUUUGGGAGCUCCACACCGGCUGCUGGUUCCACCGGGCUUGGCUUUGGGUUCGGCACGGCCGGAGCUGCUGGUUCGGCACCGGGGUUUGGCGCGGCAGGGGGGUCGCUGUUUGGCGGGGCGGCAGGGGUGGCAGGGGCGACUGGGGCGGGGCUGUUUGGGGCGUCUACUGGGUCAGCGUUUGGGUUCGGAGGGGCGUUCCAGACCAAGCCGGCUGGACUCACCCAGUCUUCGGCCUUCCCGUCGUUCGGAGGGCUGGGAGCGUCAGCAGCGACCCCGGGCUUUGGAGCAUCGCAGCCUGCCUUCGGAGGAGGGCUCUUUGGCUCCACGCCUCAGCUGGGCUCCUCUGCCUUUGGCACCUCUUUAGGAGCGCCCUCCAUGGGAGGCCUUUUCGGCCAGUCCCAGCCUCAACAGCAGCAGCAGCAGUUGCAGCUCCAGCAGCAGCAACAGCAGCAGCAGCUGCUGCAGCAGCUGCAGCAGUCGGGGUUGCUCCAAUCUCCCUUUGGCGUUCUUCCAGCCCAGCCAAACUUCGGCCUUGGUGCAGCGGGAGGGGUCAGAACGAGCACGGAGCUUGGCAUCUCCAGCAUGCCUGCAUCAGACCGCUAUGCUUCAGGCACGCGGGUCUCCUCCAUCCUCACCCCCCGCCGCAUCACUCCACGCACGCGUGCACGUAUGCACCCCACCCGCCACUUCCACCCCACCCGGGACACCGCCCGCGUGCCCUUCUUCUUCUCCCCCGCUGACCACGACGACCUCUCCGCCGCCGUGCCCCGCGCCGACGCCCUCUUUGUGCCACGCGACAACCCCCGCGCGCUCUUCAUCCGCACCCCCGUCGCCCCCGCCCCCGCCCCCGCCCCCGCUCCUGCCGCUGCUGCUGGUGCCGGUGCUGCGGACGGCAGCCCAAAUGGACCAGGUGCCGCAGGUUCGCCUCAAGGGUCAGAUUACCAGUCCCCCCCUGCAGGCGCGUCUCCCAGAGACGCCUACUAUGCUCCCUCCGCCCCUCCCUACGACUCAUCCGACCUGCCAGCCAACGCGGGGCAGUCCCCCAAGAGCCCCUCUGCUGCCCGCGCCGCAGGCACAGGUGGGGGGUUUGGGUCCGCCAUGCCCUCCCCAACGCUCUCCCCCGCGUGGAACGGCUCCUUCUCCCCCUCCUCCCCCCCUCCACCCACUCGCACCACUGCAAACGGGUCUGACCUCGAGUCUCACCUCCCGAAGCUCAAGUCUCCGGACUAUUUCACGGAGCCGUCUCUCUCGGCGCUGGCUGCGCUGGAGCGGUCGCUCCCGGGGUCGCUGGCGCGGGUGCGGGAUUUCGUGGUGGGGAGGAAGGGGUUUGGGAGCGUGCGGUUUCUGGGGGAGACGGACGUGCGGGGCCUGGACGUGGAGGCGAUAGUGCAGUUUCACAAGUGCGAGAUCCUGGUGUAUAUGGACGAGGAGAGGAAGCCGCCUGUUGGGGAGGAGCUAAACAAACCCGCUGAAGUGACGCUGCUGCAGGUGGUGUGCGUCGACAAGAGGACCGGCAAAGCAGUCACGGAAGGGGCAGAGCUGGAUCGUUUUGAGCGCAAGCUGCGGCGCAAGACGGCGGAGCAGGAGGCGGAGUUCCUCUCGUUCAACGCCGCCAAGGGCGAGUGGCGUUUCAAAGUCAACCACUUCAGCCGGUACGGCCUCGAGGACUCGGAUGACGAGGAGGAAGAGGAGGAGGAGGAGGAGGAGGAGGAGAAGAGGGGGAGAGAGGGGAGGGAGGAGGGGAGGGAGGGUAUGAGUGGUGGUAGUGAUGAUGAUGAUGGGGAUGUGGAUGUGGAUGGGGAUGGGGAUACAGGACGGCGGAAGUCGCAGUGGGGUGGCCAGAGCGGUGCAGCCGGGCCACCUGGCGGCGUGUCAUUGGACAGAGCGCUGCCAGCUCAGCUGGGAAUCGACCCAAUCAGGCUGCAGCAGAUGCGCCAGGUCAUGUUUGGUGGUGACGAUGAUGAUAAUGAUGGUGGGGACGGCGAUUAUGGUGCUGGUUAUGCUGGGUUGGGGGGUAUGGGUCUGGCAAGCGCCAAGAGGAAGCAAGGGGGGUUUGGGUCAUCAGGGUUUGGAAUAGAAGCCAUGGAGUCAGACUGGCAAGCCUGGGGAACGAAAAAGGCUCCUCGCUUCGGCAUGCUGGGUGCUGCUGCCGCUGCUGCUGCUGCUGCUGCUGCUGGCGCCACCAGUGCUGCUGGCGCUGCUACCAGAAAUGCAGGGGAUCCUUUGGCCAACCCCUGGGCAGCUGGAUUCCGGGCCAACAGGAGGGCAGGAGGGCUUGGAUCGCAGAAAGCGUCCUCGUUUCGAGCAGUCAGCAGGGGAGGCGUCAGGGUCUUUUCUGAGUUCGAGGCAGGGUCAGCAGGAGCAGCAGCAGGAGCAGGAGCAGGAGGAGCAGCAGGGGGAGGGGCGGGUGCGGUCCUUGCACUGGGGCUGCAAGGCCGUGUGCCUGCGCAUGUGCACCCAGGGGCAGUUGUGGCGUCUGGGUUCGAAUGGACCAUCCCCAAGGCUACGGCUACAGCUGCAGCGGGGGCGCUGGCAACAGCAGCAGCAGAGGUGGCGCAGACGGUAGCAGCAGUGGCUGUGGUAGCAACGGUGCCAGGGGAGGGCAGCAGCGGCGUGGCAGUGGAUGCAGGGCUCUUCCUCGGCCGCUCCUUCCGCGUUGGCUGGGGCCCGGCGGGGCUGCUGGUCACACCGGGCAAGGUGCUGCCUGCUGGGAGCUUUGCCUCUGCCAGGACACAUGCCGCUGGUGCAGCUGCCGGUGCUGCAGCAGCAAGAGGGGCGGUGGGGUUACCAGGAGGAGCAGCAGCAGCAGCGGUGGGUGUGACUCCAAUUUCAUCUAAAAUCACGGUUACUCAGGUGGCUUUUAGCCCCUGGUCGUCCGUUCCUCCGCCGCCCCCCUCUUCCGCCUUCAGUCCGCUCCUCAGCCCAGGGGUGGCGGGGCGAGAUGCUGAGGCGGCGGCAGCAGCAGCAGAGAGGGGCGCGGCUGAGAGAGAGCGGCUACAGCAGCUGCUGCUGAUUCAGCCGCUGCUGCUGCACUUCCAGUCGAGCAGUGUGGUGGGGAGGGGAGAGGGGGGGGAAGAGGGAGGGAGGAGUGGAGGUGGGGAGGAGGGGGACGGGGAGGUGCUGCAGAGUGAGGAGGAGGGGGGGGAGGGGGAGAAGAGUGGCGAUGAUGAUGAGAUGGAGGGGGGGGAAACGGGCGGGAGAGAGGAGGGAAGGGAGGAGGGGAGAGAAUGGGUGGGGCGGAGGUUGGUGUGCAGUCGGCGUGGCGGCGGCUUGGCUUCUCUCUGCCGCCGCUACAGUGCCCUAGCUGAAGCAGCGGCUGACGCUGUUGCUUCUGCAAGGGCAGCAUCUAGGCAGGGGCAGGGUACGUCUGGGCAGGCUGUAUCUGGACAGGUGUUAUCCGGGCAGGGUGUAUCUGAGCGGCAGCUGCAGCACGAGCAGGCGGUGUGGCAGCUGGUGGACGUGCUCUUCUCUGAUUGGCAGGGAAAGCGGCGCUCUGCUGUUAUGGAGGGGUCGGCAGGGGUGGGGAGUGGUGAAGGCGAUGUGUCAGGUGAAAAGUCAGGAGAUGGUUUGCGUGAUGGAUCCAUGGAGGAGGAGAGGGAUGGGGAGGUGGAGGAUGGGGGUGGGGAGGAGAUGGAGGGGAUGAUGAGUGGGGGUGGGGAGGUGAAUGGGAUAGGGCGAGGGGAGGGGAGGGAGGGGGAGGGGGAGGGCGCAGCGCUGAACCGGCGUUUGUUUGAGGAUGAUGCUCUGGAGGAGGAGGAGGACGCACAGGGAGGUGCUGGCAGUGCUGCUACCGCUCGUGCUGCCGCUGCUGCUGCUGCUGCUGAGCAGCCGCAGUGGCUUGAGGGGGCAGAAAACCGGGAUGAGGGGGAGGAGGAGGCGCAGGAGGAGCAGCUGGAGGAUAAGAGCGAGAAGGAGGAGAAAGAAGGGGAGGAGGAGGAAGAGGGAGAGGAGGAGGCGGGGGAGGAGAAGGAGUUGUACGACGAGGAGACAAUGGGCUUCUUCCGCAGAGCGGAGUUCAGCGCGUGGCUCCAGGCAGUGGUGGCGCCCGCCAUCGUUCACGAGCUCAACGCCCUGGCAGCCAACCCUAACAGCACAUUCAAUCCUCUCACCACCACCAGCGCUGCUGCUACAGCUGCUACAGCAGCCGCCUCUCUCCCCCUGCGUGUGGCCUUCAUUUGUCUCACGGGGCUGCAGCUGGAGCCGGCAGUGGGCGCCGCUGCUCUUGCCGGUGACGUGCGCCUGGCUUCUCUUCUCUCCCUCGCCCACUCCGCCCCCGCUGCCACGCGUGCUGACGCUGCACGCCAGCUGGCGCUUUGGGAUAGGCUGGCGGGGGGAACAGGUGCGGGGAAGCAGGGAGGCGGGGGCGUUGGAGGGAGAGGGGGAGGAAGGGGAGGCGGGUGUGAAGGGGGCGGGGGCGCGGAUGGGGAUGGGGUUUUGCCAGAAGAGUGUGGCUCGUUGCUAAAGCUGGCAGAAGGGUCGUUGGUGAGUGUGGAGAGGCUGCGGCUGCUGCGGCUGGUGGCGGGAGAUGUGGUGGGCGCGCUGGAGGGUCGGCCGCUUGACUGGAAGAGGCACCUGGGGCUGCUCAUGUGGUUCGGCAUGCCCUCAGCCUCGUCGCUAGGCUUGGUGAUUGCAGAGUUUAGGAAGAGAGUGAGGGGAGGGAGAGUGCCUCGGGCCAUACCAUGGUAUGCUGAGACGAUCGGGGUGGAGGGAGGGGAGAGGGUAGAGGGAGGGGGGAGGGGGGAGAGGGUAGAGAGAGGGGGGAGCGGGGAGUGGGAGGAGAGGGCGCUUAGGGGAGGAGGGAGGGGGGGAGGACAAGGGAAGGGAGAGGAGGGAGAGGGAGGAGGAGGAGGAGUGGAGGAUGUGAUGUAUGGGCUGCUGGCUUUGCACAUGAAAGAGGAGAUGGGUGAAGGGAAGCUUGAGAGUGCUGGAGAUGGCGAUGGUGGUGGUGGCAGUGGUGAUGACGUGGCGGUUGAUGUCGCAGCGAUGCUGAGAUGGCGGUCCUGGACUCGAGAUGCGCUGGACUGCCAUCUGGCGUGGCACCUGCAGAGCGUGCUGCAGGCCAUAGGAGCGCUGCGGGCCAAUGAGGUGCUGCCAAGUGUGCACAUGGACUACGUGGCGCAGCUGCUGGCAGCGGGGCAGCCCCACUGGGCGCUCUACUGCUUGCAGCACGUGCCGCCUUCCCGGCAGCUUCCUCGCCGCUCUCUAGAGUGCGCCUUCAGGGAGGUGCUGGCGCUGUUCUGCCCGGUGUGGGUGGAGAGCGACGAGCAGCGCAGCUUCAUCGAGGGGCAGCUGCGGGUGCCUGCCUCCUGGCUGUGUGCGGCGAAGGCGGCGUACCACCGCUACAACGGCAGCCGCAGCGACGAGCUGCAGUGUCUGCUGGGGAGCUUCCAGUGGGACAGAGCCCACUGCCUCUUCAUGAACCACCUGGCCGCUGCGUGGAUUCUUUCAGAGCGCUGGUCGGAGGUGCGGCGGCUGAUGGAGGGGCUGGAGACACACGGGGAGAACAUCCAUGGGUGGAAAGAGGGUGGGCGGCUUCUGUUGGACUAUGUGCACCUUUCUGCCGCCCUGGAGGGGCAGGCGAUCGUUCCAACAGAAGAGCUGGUGGUGUCAGUGGCUGACGGGUCGGAGGCACUAGCGGAGUUCUCCCACCGCACGGUUCAGUCUCUGCGCACAUUCCCCCACGAUGCUGCUCGCCUGCGCAUGGUGUAUGCACGCAUGCUCGACUCCCUUUCUCGCAGCUUCCUCACCCACACAGCAGCAACCACAGCUGCUGCUGUGGCAGCUGCCGACGCAGCAACCACCCCUAACGCCGCCGCCGCUCCCGUAGACGCAGCCCUGGCCACCACGGCCCUUCCUGCCCUCCCUCGGGAUUCCAGGUUGGCUUUCGCCCGCGAGGCGGCAUCAGAGCUCGCCAGCUGGCUCGCUGAGGUGGCGCCUGUGCAGUAGAAGUGGUUUGGUUUGGAUUGCUUGCGGAGAUGACGAGUUGUGAAAGGGAUUUGCGGGCCCAACUCUAUUCGUUGGAUGCGUAAUGA